CCGCGGAAGCGCGGCCGGCCGGCCGGCACCGCCGUGCGGCUGCCCUAUAUUAGGCGCAAAGCGCUCGCCCUUCACGCAAAAGCUCGGCCGCGGCGUGAUCCACGGCGAUGCGUGUUCUCGUGAGUGAUCCCGCGGGCUUUGUGGUGCGCCCGUGCGGCAGCAGUCCGGCAGAUGCUUAGCCGCGGCGGGCGCCAGUCCUGUGGUGUGUUUGUUCCUGCCAUUGGCGCGGCCCUUGCUGCCGUGCUGCCUUGGCUCCGUCCCUGGCGCGUGGCCCGCCCCGUGCGUGCGUUGCUUCGGGGGCCCGGCGUUUGCCGGCUCGCCUGCUGUCUUUGCGCCUACCUAGCCAGCCGGGGCCCCCCCGGCCGCGGGCCAAUUUGUUUGCCUGCCUUGUGCUGCCCGGCGCGCCCUUUGUCGGUGUUGCCGGCUGCCUGAAUCGCAGACACCGGCGCCGCCCAGCUACAGCACGCAGCGAGCCCCGCCCGGUCGGAGGGCGUCAUCAGUGCAUAGGCCCGCCACGUGGGCGGUGCCGGCCCCGGCUGGCCCUCUUUUGCGCGGCUGCCUCCUCGCGCCCCGCACGCUCCGUGGUGCUGCGUUCGAUUCGCCUCUCUACACUACUCAGCAGGCGAACGUGGCGGCCUGUCCUUUGUCUGUGUGCGUGGGCAUGGUUUGUGGCUCGCUAAGCGGGCUGAUGUGUUUUGGCUUUUCUAUCUCUGUCCAGCGCCUUCUGAAGUGUUGGCCGGCCGCUGGCGAGUUAACUGUCUAUGACCUCGCGUUCCUGAGGAUGGUUUCUAUCCUGUAAGCAUGCCCCACCA